UACAACCUCGCAUAAAUAAAUAUAUAUUAAAAAGUUUUACAUAAUCUGUAACAACAACAACAAUAAUAAUAACAGUUGGUUGCAUUCCUACAUACACAACACCGGCAACACAUACAGCAAAUAAAAAAUCAACAAAUAAUCAGAACAAAGCAAAAUGACACAACCAGAAUGGGGCAUAAAACUCUCACGCUACUUCAUAAUACCACAACGUGUCAUACUGGCGAUAAUGGGCUUUCUGGCCAUAUUAAACGCCUACACAAUGCGUAUUAGCUUGUCAGUGGCUAUAACACAAUUGGUAGUCAAGAAGAAUCACUCAGAUGAAGGUUCGGAUACUGCAUUUUGUGAAAGUGAUGAUUUGGAUUCAGAUUCAAGUUCUGGUGGCGAUUUCGAAUGGUCCGAAGAGCUACAAGGUUUUAUUUUAUCAUCCUUUUACAUUGGCUAUAUUGUAACACAUAUACCAGGCGGCUUAUUGGCAGAAAAAUUCGGUGGUAAAUGGACAUUGGGUCUUGGCAUACUAUCUACCGCUCUCUUUACUAUGUUAACGCCAUUAGCUAUUAAUGAAGGAGGUUCGACAGCUCUAAUUAUUGUACGCGUGUUGAUGGGUCUGGGCGAGGGUACAACUUUUCCAGCACUUAGUGUUUUACUAGCACAAUGGGUACCAGUUAAGGAACGUGGCAAACUGGGAGCGCUCGUUUUGGGAGGAGGUCAAGUUGGUACAAUUUUAGGAAAUCUAUUAUCAGGCAUAAUGUUGGAUGCUUGGGAUUGGCCUGUGGUCUUUUAUGUUUUUGGUGGUGUUGGCAUUAUUUGGUUUUUCAUCUUUUGCUUCUUGUGCUUCAGUGACCCUACAACACAUCCUUACAUAAAACCUAGUGAGAAAGAAUACUUAUUGAGAGAAAUGGGUUCAAUUGGUCGCAACGAAAAUCUACCACCCACACCCUGGAUAGCUAUUAUAACCAGUUUACCAAUGUGGGCACUAAUAUCUGCACAAAUUGGUCACGAUUGGGGUUUCUAUAUUAUGGUUACAGAUUUACCAAAAUAUAUGUCUGAUGUAUUGCAGUUCUCCAUCAAAGCCAAUGGCUUGUACUCAUCGUUGCCAUACGUCAUGAUGUGGAUUGUGUCGCUAAGUUCUGGUUUUGUUGGCGAUUGGUUAAUCACACGAAGAAUUUUAAGCAUAACAAAUACGCGUAAAGUUAUGACAGCACUAGCUGCGUUUGGACCCGCUAUAUUUAUGGUUGCUGCCUCUUAUGCUGGUUGUGAUCGUGUUGUUGUUGUUGUUCUGUUCACAAUAUGCAUGGGCUUAAUGGGUACUUACUAUGCGGGCAUGAAAUUAAGUCCCCUCGAUAUGAGUCCAAACUAUGCCGGGACUUUGAUGGCAAUUACAAAUGGCAUAGGUUCGAUUACUGGAGUAAUUUCACCAUAUUUAGUUGGUGUUAUGACACCAAACGCGUCUUUAUUGGAAUGGCGUACUGUGUUUUGGGUAGCGUUUGGUGUGCUUUGUGUGACUGCUGUCAUAUAUUGUAUAUGGGCUUCUGGUGAAGUGCAACCAUUUAACGAUCCACCACAGAAGAGAAAUAUUGAAGCAGAAGAAAAGCAAGAAAAACGAAAGGAAGUACAUUAAGACUGUAAAAAAACAGUAACAAAAUUAAGCACAAUUUAGUUCAUAAAUCUAUAAUUCAGUAAGAGCAACUAACUAAUUUUUUAUUAUUGCUUUUUAGUUACUUUUUUUGUUUUUGUUUAGAUUUUUUUUACUUUUUUGUUUUAUUUGAAAUUAUAAGUGCAUAAACUUAAAAAAUAUUAACAGUAUUUCAAACAUAUGCAAGAGGUACACAGUUUUCAUCAUAUGCGGUGCAUAAAUAUUCGUCAGUCUGUUAGAUUAUAGGUGUCUUGAAGCCUACUAAUGUAUGCAAUCAUUAGGUUCCAAACAAUACUAAAUUUAUAAUUUUUUAGUUAUUUUUUUAAUAAUUAAAUAUUAUUUUAUUUUGUAUAAAUCAAAUGUAAUAUAAAUAAUAAACAAAGUAAUGGGGCAGAAGAUAGAUAAAGCCGAUAUGAACUGUUGUUACUAUCAGGCCAACAUGUGAAAGACAUUGCGUCUCAAAUAUACUGAUCAUCACAUGUAGAAUCAUGUUAAUAUUUAGUACUUUAUGUAACGUGCUGAGUUGCUAAAUAAUGUGUAUUUUGUACAAAAUAACUGAUUUAAGUUGGUGACAACUAAGAAUCUUGCGAAAUUGAAAUAAUAUAAUAUUAAAUAUUGUAUUGUAUAUGUUCUAUGUUAAGCGAAUUUAUAUAUA